AAAUGUAUUCAGAAAGUCCUCAUUGAAUACCUACUGUUCACUAUCUACACUUAGAACCUAUUUGUUCUUGCUUCUCUUUUGGGGGGUAAAACAAGUCACCCACAUAGAAUGUUUAGCGAACAACAUAUCAACCUCAUUUAGUGAUGACCUUCAGGGUCAGUUAUCAGAGUAAAGGUGAAAGAGUCCAGGGGAUGACUGAUAUAACCGAGACCAUCAGUAUAUAUCCUGAUAGAACAGGUCUGGACAAAGUUAGUUUUGUGAUUCAUUUAAUUUUUAAUUUACUACAAGGCAAUUUUUAAUAAGGUCUGAAUUGGAUGAGUAGGUCCCCAAGGCUGUGUGUAUGCAUUGGUAUACUUCACUAAAAUGAUGAGCAAAUAGUUUAUUCUUUUGGACAAUAUAGACUGUUAGACCCUGAAGCAAAAUAAUUUAUGGUUUCAUAUUUUUUUUCAGUAUGUUGUUAGAGAAAGAUGGAGGGGAAUCUUAUGUAACCUUCAUUCCAGUUCAGUUGUUGUCAAGUUUGUGAGAAAACAAGAAUCUCCUGCAGGACUUGCAGUACAUACGGAGUCAUACACACUGAAUAGGAGGCUGUAGCCCGUGGGCCACAGGCCACCAUGGAUGUGCAUCUCAAUACCCUUGAGGGUCAGGAGAGCGCAAGCAACAGCAGCAAGAGAAGCAGCAGCACAGGAGAUCAGCAAGAUGUUGCUAUGAGGACAGAUGCUUCAGAAAUGACUGAUGUGGAGGCUGUGGUCAACAAUUUUGCAUCUUCAGCAAGGGCAGGCCGCCGGAAUGCCAUCCCAGAUAUCCAGGGUGCUGCUGGGACAGGCGGAGCUUCAAAGCUGCCCCUUGAACUGGAGGCCCUCUCCAUCAAAGAAGAUGUAAAAGAGAAAAAUGAAGAAACAACACAAGACCAAUCGACAAAGCCCCCUAAUGAAGGAAAAUGAAGGCUCAUAACCUGUCGAAAGUGCUGACUUCCUGCAAAUUGAAAAACCAGUGGUUCUGCUUUCCUGAGAUGUUUGAUGUGGUAGUAACUAUGGUAACAGUGCAGCCCUAAGCAACAUGUGUGUAUUAGAUGCUUUUGUCAUGAGGCUACUCGCUUGGAUCACAACCAUGAUGCCCCAUGUAGGUUAUUAAAAGGCAGCUUACUUCCAAACUGCACCCAAGGAAAAGGUUAAAAAUGUAUGGUCACUUAAAUAGUUAUCAUUGUCUAUAAACUCAACAAAAUCCACUGCUCUCUUUUGGAUUUAUUUAGCCAGGUGUGUUCUUAAUUAUAUUUUAACGAUAGUGGGUAAAACAUUUCUCAGUAACUAUAAACUAAACACCAUUAAUUAAAACUUUAUGGAAUUUGUAGCAAAUUAUGGUGUUCCUUGCUUGUUUUUAUUUCCUGUUUUAUGGUAGAAGGAAUAAUAGGUCAAAACCAUAAGGACAGAAUGUCUGCUUUUAACCACAUUUUUUUUUGCCCCAAAUCCUAAAAAGAUUUGGGGAAAAACUGUAAAAGCUUAACAACCUAAAUCUCUCCAGGAUGCUUUUGUCUGGUACACAUCGCUUCUAGUCUAUGCAUACUGUAAUUUUUCAUGUGGACUCUUCAAGUGCAAAAAUUGUGACAAAUUAUUUAUAUGUAAUAUGCCUAGUAAAUGAAUUUCACUAUCUUCCUUAACUUUGGUGUGUGUGUGUGUGUAUGUUUUUCUUUAAUGUGAAUUAUGUAAAACACCUUACUAGUUGCUUUAUAUGGUCUUUUCUUAUUCUUAGGGUGUUGUGUAUAUAUGACUAGUUUCUAAAACAAUUUUCUCAGGAAUGCAGACUUUAAUUUUUAUAUCUUUCCUAAAGUAGGUAACCUAAUGGUAGGCACUUAAAUAUUUGGUGAAUGAUAUAGGUAGAAAUAGCAAAAUACUUGCUUUUAAUAUAUAUAUUUAAGUAUAUAUUUUAAAAGAAACAAAACCAAAAACAAAACCAAAGCCUUUGUGUUGAUUUAUUAGACAUUUUAGGAACAUAAUAGAAUUAUGAAUUUUAAAAUAAUUGACUAAUGAAUUUAUUUUUAUUGUCAAGUAUAUAUGCAUGCAGUUUUAUUUCAUUUGAUUAUAGCUUAGGCCAUGUCUGUAUACAGUGAUCAAAUAAACUUUUUCACUGUUAAA